UACUUACUAUUGACAAAUGCAGAAAAGGUGAAAUGAUUCAGACUAAGGGAAAUUAAUAUAAAAGUAACACGGUACUAAAUAUAAGCAAAUCGUGUUCAAAAAUAUUUCCUCUCUCCUUCCGAUCUGGCUUCAUCAAUCACAUCUAAAGCUGACAUUAAAGCAAUGGAAUCCAGAGAAUGUGAGUUCUGGAGAUAUGGACAGAACUGCUCGCAGACCUGUGGACACUGUGGGGAUAAUGUGACGUGUAGUGCAGAGGGACUGUGUACUAGCGGGUGUCAGUACGGAUGGCGGGGGCGCCAAUGUCUUCAGGUUGAUGACAUGGAACCUUACCCUCUCUCGACACUUUUAUUAUCUGGCUUCCUAGCAGUUUCACUGAUUAUGCUGUUGUUUGUUUCACUGGAAUUGCGUAAACAGAUUAAAAGCAAAACCAACGUGAGAUUAAGCAGCUACGAAAUCCCUGGCGAACAAUUGAUUAAAAAAGAAAGCGAAAAUCGUUAUGGGACUUUGGACGAACAUAAUCUGAAAACAUCUAAAAAGUUAACAGACGAUGAAAAUGGGACAUCCUCAAAAAAUAACAAUUUUUCCAGUUCCGGGUAUGAGAAGCCACCACAAUUAUCUGGUUCAGCUAAUCUUUCUAGUUCCGGAUACGAGAAGCCACCACGGAUAACUUGUUCAACGGAUCUUCACAGUUCCGGAUUUGAGACGCCACCCGGUUCGGCUAGAUCAAGUUAUGGUGAUUACCUUUCCGGUUCCGAAUAUGAGAAACCUCCAAGACUAGCUGAAAUAGAGGCAGAUCGAGAUUCAUCUCAUUACACUAUUCCAAAUAUGGCCUAUAACGUGCCAUAUAGUAAAUCUUCUGCUUAACAAACCUUCCCCCGAAAAGUUUACUAUAUAUGAAGUAAAAGCUUCCCCUCUGAGUGAUUGCUUCACAGCAAACAUCGCUUCCGGAUAUACCUACGUAGUAAAUUUUCCCUCGUGGAAAUACUACGGUUAAGAUCCACUACUGUAUAGCAACAAUCCCAUACAUACAUCAAAAUCCAAACGAUUCCAUGGAUUUUUGCUAUAAAAGAUACUUUUGAUCUGCAUAUCUUAACUUUCCUACAAUCAUAGUGAAAAGGAUAUCUGGACCAUCGUCACCGAGUUUUAAAUUCUCCUUAACUGGAGCUAAAGUGGCAGAUUUGCUUUGAAAACAAAACAUUUUCUCUCAUAAUUUCUGGAGUAAUGAAGUGUUGUGACCUUGAAAAGAAUUUAUGGUAGUUAUGUAU